AUGGAAAACCAAGAAAAUCUUGAACAAAUUCAUUUAACAGACGAUGGAGGAGUAAUUAAAACAAUAUUACGAAAAGGAGAUGAAGGAGAAGAAAAUAUACCCAAAAAAGGAAAUGAAGUUACAGUACAUUAUGUAGGAAAAUUAGAAAGUGAUGGUUCAAUUUUUGAUUCAUCACGUCAAAGAGAUGUCCCAUUUAAAUUUCAUUUAGGAAAUGGUGAAGUUAUUAAAGGAUGGGAUAUAUGUGUAGCUUCGAUGAAAAAAAAUGAAAAAUGUUCGGUUCGUUUAGAUAGUAAAUAUGGAUAUGGAAAAGAAGGAUGUGGAGAAACUAUUCCAGGGAAUAGUGUUUUAAUUUUUGAAAUUGAAUUAUUAAGUUUUAAAGAAGCCAAAAAAAAUAUUUAUGAUUAUACAGAUGAAGAAAAAAUACAAGCAGCAUUUGAAUUAAAAGAUGAAGGAAAUGAAUUUUUUAAAAAAAAUGAAAUAAAUGAAGCUAUUGCAAAAUAUAAAGAAGCUCUUGACUAUUUCAUGCACACAGAUGAAUGGGAAGAUGAAUUAUUAGAAAAAAAACAAAAUAUUCAAAUUAUAUGUAAUUUAAAUUUAUCUACUUGUUAUAACAAAAAUAAAGAUUACCCAAACGCUAUUGAACAUGCAUCGAAAGUUCUUAAAUUGGACAAAAAUAAUGUUAAAGGUUUAUACAAAUUAGGAGUUGCAAAUAUGAAUUUUGGAUUUUUAGAAGAAGCCAAAUUAAAUUUAUAUAAAGCUGCAUCAUUAAAUCCUAAAAACUUAGAUAUUAGAAAUAGUUAUGAGCUAUGUAUAGCCAAAUUAAAAGAAGCAAGAAAGAAAGACCAAAUUACUUUCGGCGGAAUGUUUGAUAAAGCCAACUUAUAUGAAGAAAAAAAAACUAACCCCAUUUGA